AGUGAGUAAAAUAGGAGUGGAAAUAACACAAAGUAAUCAAAAAAGUAGGCUACGGUACUAAAUGUGUUUGCUGAGUUUCUGAAUCUCUAGGAUGUCAUUCCUGGGCUAUACAGCUCUGCUCUUAUGUUGGAUGUAUUGUACUGCAGAAAGAGCUUGUAAAGAACCUCCUCCUAGGAGGGUUAAAGAAGUGCCUACUGAAAGAUGGGACAAGCCUCCCUAUCCACAUGGUACUCAAGUAACAUACAGAUGUCGGCCUGGAUAUAUAAAACUUGGACGAAUUGUGUUUGAGUGUGCUGAUGGAGCAUGGAAGCAACACCUCCCAGGGGCAGAAUGCAGAAAUAAGCCCUGUGGACAUCCUGGAGAUACUGAGUUUGGUUCCUUUGAACUUACCAGUGGAAGUGAAUUUGUAUUUGGUGCCAGAGUUGAGUACAGAUGUAAUGAUGGAUACCGGAUGCUCAGCCAAAGAAAUUACCGUGAGUGUCAGGCAGAUGGAUGGAGCAAUGACAUCCCUCACUGUGAAGUGGCAAAGUGUUUACCUGUACAAGCACCAGAAAAUGGAAGAAUAAUUAUGACUGGUGCAUUUGAGCUAGGCCGAGAAUAUUCCUUUGGCCAGGUUGUAAAUUUUGAAUGUAAUGCAAAAUACGGGCUUGUUGGAUCUAAAGAAAUAAUUUGCUCUUCUAAUGGAAAAUGGAAUAGUGAUGUGCCUCAGUGCCAAGAGAUUAUCUGUGAUGUGCCAAAAAUUCUGCAUGGAUAUGUACGUUCUCCAAAGGGGUCUUACAAGGAAUCUGAACAACUACAGUUUGGCUGUGAUGAAGGAUACAGAUAUGGUGAAAGAGCAGAUGUACAAUGUACUGAAUCAGGAUGGAAUCCAACCCCUUAUUGCACUGAAAUUGUGUGCUCUCCUCCAAGAAUUCCCAAUGGGAACUUUAGACCUCAAGAAGACAACUACGUAGUAGGUGAUAUAAUCACAGUACAGUGUAAUCCUGGAUAUCAUUUUAAAGCAUUGACUGGCAAAAGCACAGCAGAAUGCACCAAGAAUGGCUGGGUGCCUGAUCCAGGCUGUGUCCAGAAACCAUGUGACUACCCAGCUAUAGAAAAUGGCAAGUUAAGUGAAAGCAUGGAGAACUACAAAAGCUAUUACUUUCCAAUGAAGUUUGGGCAGCAAACUCAUUACUACUGCAAUAAUGGUUAUUCAACCCCGAGUGGAGAAUUCUGGGUUCUCAUGGUCUGUUCUGAAAGGGGCUGGUCUCCAGAGCCAAAAUGCCUCAAAAAAUGUCAUGUCAGACGGAUGGCAAAUGGUUAUUUCUCACAUAACCGGAAGUAUGUUUACAAGGAAGGUGAAAGAGUUAAAUAUGUCUGCAACGAUGGCUAUCAUACUGAACGUGAAGAUGGGGAAGUCACGUGCACAAAGGAUGACUGGUCACCUCCUCCACGAUGUGUCCGUAAAAAAAUAUGCACGAAUAUCCCUUUUGACAACGGUUAUUUCCCCUGGGGAAAGAAAAUAUUUCAUUUACAGGAGAAGGUCACCUAUAGUUGUAAUACUGGCUUUGUAACUCCAGAAGGACAAGAAACAGGAGUGAUACAGUGUCAAGAGAAUGGCUGGACUCCACCUCCAAAGUGUAUCAAAUCAUGUGAAACACCUCAUUUGGACAUUUUGAAUUACCACGCAAAUAGAACUAUGUUCGUGCCUGAAGAUACAAUUGAAUAUGCAUGUUUGGAGGGAUAUCAAACUGCAAAUAAUAUGCCAACUGGUACCACAAGGUGUGGCAUAAAUGGUGAAUGGAGUCCAACGCCCCAGUGUCUCGCAAUAGAAUGUGAGAUGCUGACAUUGCUCGGUGGAGAUUUUUCCCCCAGGGAGGGUAAAUACCGCAAUGGAGAUGUUGUGAAAUUUACCUGUGCAAACAAUUAUGUGAGAGUGGGACCUGCCUCUACUCAGUGCUAUUACUUUGGAUGGUUUCCAUCACCACCAGUGUGUAAAGAGAACCCCAGAGGCUGUGGACCUCCACCUGAGAUUACCAAUGGAAGUAUUGCUGGUGGCUCUGUGGAACAGUAUCGGCAUGGGGACAGAAAGCAAUAUGAAUGCAACGUCGAACUGAAAUUGGUUGGAUCAAAGGAAAUAGAAUGUGUUGAUGGACAAUGGUCAUCUCCCCCCUCUUGCAUUGAAGACAAAAUGCCAUGUGGAUCACCUUCUUCUAUUCCGAAUGUUAUUCUUCAUCAGGAAGACCAGGUGCAGUUUUCGCAUGGUGAUGAAGUAAUUUGUGGAUGUAAACAAGGCUCUGGCAAUUCUGAGGAAAUGAAAAUAAAAUGUCUUAAUGGGGAAUGGAAGCCUUUACCUCUUUGUGCUGAUCCAUCUGCUCAGUGUGUAAUUCCGAUGGAUGUUGAGCUUGUGCACAGUGGUCAUCUUUCCAAGGCAAAAAAGAGGACUAGGUUCCAUGGAGUUAUACGUUAUAUAUGUAAAUCAGCUGACAAAAGUAUUAAACAGGCAACUUGUGUGUCUGGAAAAUGGUCACCAGAGAUUGAAUGCACAGCUGAGGAGAGUACAUGCCCACCUCCACCUGAGGUGCCUGGUGCUCAACAGAUAACAGUUGGCAGAAAUUACAAGAAUGGGAGUAAAAUAGCUUUUUCAUGUCUGAAGAGUUUCCAGCUCAUCGGUGUGAAUGAAAUAACAUGUAUAGAUGGGAAAUGGCAAUCACCACCUCACUGUGUGGAAAGACCAUGUUUGCCACCACAACCCGUAGAAUGUGCUGAUGUUCCCAGGCUGGAAAAUCAAAACUUAAAAAUUAAAAAAGAAGGGAAAACAAUUUAUCUGGCUGGUGCCAGGUUUAAGUAUGUUUCUCGUUCUGGAUACAUGUUAGAUGGACCAUCAGAGAUAACUUGUUCCCUGGGAAAGUGGACUUCAGCUCCUACAUGCUUGGAAAUGCCAUGUGGAAGUAUUCCAAAAGUUGCCAAUGCUCAAACUGAAGGCAGAAACAAGGAAAUUUAUGAGCCUGGUGAAACAAUUCGCUACCAGUGUGAUGCAGGGUUCCUGAUUGUUGGUCCCCCCGAAAUUAUUUGCAGAGAAGGAAAUUGGACAGCACCGCCCUUCUGUGAAGAUGUUAGCUGUGGAGCCGCACCUGAAAUUCCCAAUGCUUAUAUUACAAGCACUCACCAGGAGAGGUAUCUGCCCAGUGCCAGAGUGCAGUAUGAAUGUGAAAGCAAUUUUCAAAUGAUGGGUGGAAAUUAUGUCACUUGUAGAAACGGAGAAUGGUCACAAGCACCAAUCUGCAGAGAUGUGACAUGUGAACCUCCUCCAGAAAUUGCGGGUGGUAACGUUCAAGGUGUGAAAAAGUCAAGGUAUUUGCCUGGGGAGAGUGCUCGCUAUCAGUGCUGGCAAGGUUUUCAGAUGACUGGGACUUCCACCGUAGCAUGUCAGAAUGGGACCUGGACAGAGCUGCCCAAGUGCAAAGGGAAAGGUGGGAAAUGUGGCCCGCCUCCAGUUAUUGAAAAUGGAGACCUUCUUUCCUUCCCCAUGCAAGAAUAUCCACAAGGUACAACUCUGGAAUACAAAUGCCCCAGUCUCUACGUCCUGGAAGGAUCUCGGUAUAUCAUCUGUACUGGCGGGCAGUGGACAAGCCCCCCAGUUUGCCUAGAGAACUGUACAGUGCGUGAGAGCCUUAUGGAAGAGAACCAUAUUCGCCUACAGUCAUCAAGCUGGUUGAGAACUUCCACCUAUCGAUCUGGGGAUUAUAUUUUCUUUGAAUGCAAGUGGUGGUACCAACAAGUUUCACACCCUGAGAAAUUUAGAGCACAGUGCCUGGAUGGAGUGAUUCAGUAUCCUACAUGUGCAUGGUCAUUGGGAUAAAUGGAAAUGGCAUGAAGGAGCCCAGCUGUGGAAAUGAAAGAUCCCUCAACCGACCCAGUGAUUUGAGCUUAAUUUUUCCUGGCCUUUCCAGUUUCGCUGUGCUUUGUUUGCAGCUUAGCCAACGUUCUGUCUUGGAAUUUGUUGGGUUUUUUUUCUUUUUAUUAUUGGAUGAUUGUGUUUACAUUUUAUCCACAUUUUAUCCAUUUUUGUAAAUGUAUUUACGUUUUGUAAAUGUGUUUACAUUUUAUCCAUCCGAAUGGUUGUGCUUGCAUUUUAUCCAUUCUAUAUUGAUCUCUCUGUUAUUUUUACUAACAACUGUGUCCUGAAAUAGGCUGCCUUUGGUGGCAUACUGAGAGAAGAAUUAAAGCCCACAGGUAAUUU